CUAUGUCGUGCCGUCUCUACGCCCUUGUGUUUACAUUUCGAGCUCUUUAUCACCCGAUUGUUUAGCUUUUCUGCAUCUUUUGUUUACUGAUAGUGCGCGCGCAAUGAAUGAGGCACCAGUUUCGUGUUUACCCGUGCAGGUGAAAAUGUCGAAGGCUAGGAAGGCGCUCGCAGAAGCUCGGGAAAUCAAGAAUCCCGAGCUAGAUUUGGUCGAUAAAGGCAUUCAUUCUUUCGAGGAAUUACCUGGACUGUUCAACAUGCUGAAUAUCACCAGACUAACGCUUAGUCAUAAUAGGAUUAAAGAUAUCCCACCAAGUAUUGCAUAUCUGGUCAAUUUGGAAAUACUAACUUUGUUCAACAACCAAAUCGAAGAGCUCCCAGUGUCAAUAUCCUCUUUGCCAAAGCUGAGGAUACUUAAUGUCGGAAUGAACCGUCUGGAUAGUUUACCAAGAGGUUUUGGAGCGUUACCAGUGCUAGAAGUUUUGGAUCUUACUUACAAUAAUCUGAAUGAAAAUAGUCUUCCUGGGAACUUUUUCAUGCUAGAAACUUUAAGAGCCUUAUAUCUUGGAGACAAUGAUUUUGAAGUUCUACCUCCAGAAAUUGGACAGUUGAAAAAUUUACAAAUUCUUGUUCUACGUGAGAAUGACCUCAUUGAUGUGCCAAAAGAAAUCGGAGAGUUGACUCGUCUACGUGAACUGCACAUUCAAGCAAACAGACUCACAGUGUUGCCUCCUGAAAUUGGGAAUCUAGAUUUAGUCGGAAGUAAAUCGAUUCUGAAGAUGGAUUUCAAUCCAUGGGUGACUCCUAUCGCAGACCAGUUGCAGGUUGGCAUUUCUCAUGUCAUAGACUACAUCCGAUCGGAGACCUACAGAUAUUUGUACAACCGCCACAUUUCAACGAGAGGACCACCGCCACCCAAGGUUAACGACAAAAGUCGCAAGAUUUCCAGGAUCAAGCAGCAAGGCUAAGUCAUAAAGUAAGACUUCCAAGUAUCAAUACUCUUUUAUUUUUUAUGUGUAACCAAAGCUCAGAGCACAGCAUUUUUUUCACUGCCUUCAAUGUAGUCACACAGUGCCGAUACUAAUAUUGAUUCGUUGGUUCAUUCAUAUUUACAGUGCCUAUUCGUUGUAAUUACUUGUUAUAGAAUUCAUAAUUAUGGAAAACAGGUUAUUAUGUUCUGCAAAUUUUGUAGAAGUUACCAGUGGCGUGCCCAAGGAGUCCGGUUCACCCCACUCCAUUUUUUCAGGAAUAUUUUACCUUUUGACCCCCUUUGUGAGAAAUUUUUGACUGUAGACUAUCAUAAAACAUUUCUGGCUACGCCAUUGGGAGUUACACGCAUGGUAGUCGUAACAGAGUCAUAAAUGAAAGGGUUGUACCUAAAGUUUUUCAAGUUUCAAAGAAUUUUUGUGCAAAUUAAAUGUAAUGAAAUGUGUCCUAAUCUCUUUGCACAAUCCUCCGUGCUUUUUUUAAAGGUCGGCGAAAAAUAUUUUUACGAACUGGUUUUCUCCAGUUGUCAUUGACCAUUUGUUUUACUAUCAAUAUUAUUAUGUUCUAACAAUUCGUGCCUAACUAAGAAUUUUUUAUUCUUGCAAUGAAACAGCAAUUGUUUCGACAUUUUUUCUUCCAUUCAAUGUUAAAUUUCAAUGUCUUUCCAGAGCGUAUGUAUUAAUUAUGUAACACUGAAUUCAUGGUUUUUUGACACUUUUCUUUUCCUCAUUAGGCUCGUUAAUGCCGAGUGGGGCCUCCUCUCUAAAAACUAUUUUACGAUGGUCCAAAUUUUUCUUCCUCUUUUCCCAGAACAGCUUGAAAAAUAUUGCAAAAUUGUAUUUGUUGAAUACAACCAAAAAUGUAUUACCCACCAGGUUUAUCCAUUCAACUUGGUGUGAAAUUAUAACAUCCACUGAUUCUCUUGAGCGUUUCAUUGUUUAGGGAGUUUUUUUCAGGUUUGUUCAAUGAAUUUUUCGGUCAUUUCCACUUCACAGUAUUCAGUUUUUCCUUGAAAAAAUCCUCAACAUCAUCUUACUUGCAAAGAGACAUCAUGCAACGAACUAGACUUAUCUAUGAUAAUAGAUUCCGAAAAGCUUUUUAUUUGUUGUAGAAAGUUCCUAGAUAGUUGCAUAUGUAUCGAUCCUGUAGAGCUAACGUCUGUUUCCUUUUCAAUGGUUAAAAAUUUGCAGAAAGUACAACGUUGGUCUCUCACAUUCUCAUAUAUGAUUAAAUUAUAUAAGUCUGAACUUUAAUCAUGACUAAAUUCCUGUGCCUUGUGCAAUGCAAGAACAAUUAGUGUCCAUUUUCGUUUUUUCUAAAGCACUCCUUCACUAUAAGGAACGAAGCUGGAAACGAAUAUGAUUCAUUUCAUAUAAUUCACAACUGUAAUAACUAGCUUUUAGACACCGUUUAUCCCUGAGUAAUAUAGAUUAUUAGAGUUCUCUCAAAAUUAGAAAAAAUGGACAUCAGUGGUUCCUGCAUAAAUUCAGUCAAUUGGAACAAAUUUUUUAACAUUUUUAACAAUAAUCGUACAAAAUUUUAACCUUGGUGCUUAUUCUUUGAGACUUCUUAAAAGACUUACCUCUGAAAAGUUUUGUUAGAAAAUUAUCUGAAAGUUGUCUGAAAUUUUAAUUUAUAUUUUAAGGUUCAGAUAAUACUUUACAAAAAUUUCAGAAGUAAGCUUUAGGCGGCUUUCAAAAUAAACUCAGUAUUUUUUAUGUAUCUAUUAACUGAAGCACUGAGUGCAGGAAAGGCACCUCUUUGUUGCGGAGAUUCGAAAUCUUCACUGCUAAUUUAAAUUUUACAGAAGGAACAAAUAAAUGAUUUUAAUGGAAUUUUUUGUUCAGAACUUUGCAAAAUCACAGAAAAUAUUCAUUAAAAAUUGCAACAAUAUGUAAGCAUUUACUUCAUUUAUAAUGGAUGAAAUGUUAGCGGAGAUUCUGAGAUACUCUAAACAAGAAGUGCCUUUCUUGCACUUAGCGCUUUCAUUGUAUUUUUAGUUCUAAUUAAUCAUUUAUUUCUUGAUGGAGCGUUUGUUGUUUUGCUUUCCAAGAUAUUUUGUGCUGCAGCUCUGCACUAGGCUUAAAAAUGCACAAAUGCAUCAUGAACUUGGCGAAAAAUGGGGUAAUUUUCCGUUUGUCUAUCUUCUCAAUCGAGCUGAUAGUUAAUUCACUAUUGAUUUUGAAAUACAUCUACCUUUUGCGCUGACUAGUGUGUGCAAGAGAUAUCUACGCUAUGUGCAAGAGCAUGCUCUGAAGGAUUGUCCCUAAAUUACAUAAGGCUAAAUUAAGGGUUUUACAUAAUGCUGUCGCAAGAUCCCAUUAAAUGCAAGACUGCCUGAAAAAAAUACUCAGUGUUAGUCCUCACACUGUUCCUCCUAUUUCAAAAAUGUUGAAUUGAUUAGCGUUGCCAUUAAGUACAGGAGAGUCAUGAGUUCUGUUGAGGAGUAAACAAAAAAUUGAAGAAAGUAUUAGUCUUUUGGUUUACUCGUUGAAAAUUGUGGAAAGUCAUUUCAAACAAUUUACAACGGAUGUUUUGCUUAAUGAACUUUCAUCCUUUUAUUGUGAAUUGGAUAGAUUCAGCCCAACUAAAUUCAAAGUUGCCAAAUUUUCUCCCAUGUUUUAUUUUUAAAAGAAAAAAACGAGGCAAUCCGUAAUGUUCAAAGGCACCAAGUAAGGCAACCUGAAAAGAAGUUGAAUUGAUUUUUGUUAAUACCCCCAGUCAAUAAAAAAGGUGACAAUUGUUUAUUCUCCGGAGUAAGCACUAUGCAAUUUAGGGACAGUCGCUCACACCCAUUCUGUCAUAACUCAUUAACUUUUAAUGUUAUGGGAAUUUUAAAAUUACUAAUUUAAAGUGUAAAUCAAUAUUGACUUUUUUCAUCGUUAUUUUUUUAAGUUUUAGGGUUUUAUUAAAAAGUGGCUGUUGUAGAGCCAAUAUUUUUAUCUCUACAAAGUAACUCACUAUUCUAAUGAUUUUGGAAAAAUCUGUCCUGUUAAUCAUCAAUACAUAAUUCUAAUGAAGUGUUAAAUCAAUCCAAAAUCCUUGACUUUACUGUAGAAAGGGUCCAGCUUUUUCAUUGUGUAUGAAAUAAAAGACCGUAUAAAAGUAAACAACUUAUCUUUAUUUUUCAGUUGAAUAAUACUGUUGGGAUACACGUCCUCUUUCAAAUUACAUUAGAGUAUUUGCUACAAAUCUAGGAAUGAUAUUCUACCAUCUGAAAACGAUAAGCAAGAAUCGCUGGAUGCGUUUAUGUAAACGGUUUGAAAAACAAAGCGUUUUCAAUCUGGCUAUCCAAAAUAACUGUUUUCUUUCAUAAAUGCAAUUAAAAAUGCAGGUUUGUACACACCGAUUUGCUCAAUAUAUCAAUGGCUACUCGCAAA